GCGCAGUUAAACCUUUGAGCACUGUUCACCCAGAGCAAAUUGGAGUGAACUGAAGUUGCUUUUACACAAAUGCGUUUCGUAUCUUAUUGCAGCGUAAAAACUUCAGUUAAUUAACAACAGGGGCAGAUUUUACACGGAACAUCAGAAUCUACAGCCUGACUGGUUUAAAUAUUGAAAGUUUUUUCCUCGUGUUGCAGAGUUCACAGAGCUGCUGAAUAUGACUUCCAACACCUGACUUACAUCCUGACAGGUGUCAUGUUGACAGCAGGUUGUGCUGACAAAAUGCACUGAUGGAGAGCCUCCGAUCACGACUAAAGUUUGGGAAUAAAGUCGAAGAUGUGAAGCUGAGAAAACGAAAAUCACAGCUGUACUCAAAGGAAAAUGAAUCUGAUAUUAACGACGAUGUGCUAAGAGUCCGAGUUAUUGUGUUUUGUUUGCUGUUCAGACUGAUAAACUGCUUCCUGGUUCAGACCAGCUUCGUCCCCGAUGAGUACUGGCAGUCUCUGGAGGUUUCCCAUCGUAUGGUCUUCAAUUAUGGGUACCUGACCUGGGAAUGGAAAGAAGGAAUAAGAGGAUAUGCCUAUCCACUACUGUUUUCAUUCAUAUACAAGAUAUUACACUUCUUAAGCUAUGACUCUGUGUUACUACUGAUAUGGCUGCCACGAAUAAUUCAAACUCUCCUGGCUGCGUUUGCAGAUGUAAAAUUCUUCUUCCUCAUCCGAACGUUGCAGAGUCCAGACAUUGCAAAAUGGACGUUCUUCUGUCAUCUGUGUUCGUGGUUCUCGUGGUUUUGCUGCACCAGGACUCUGACCAACAGCAUGGAGACCACCCUCACCUGCCUGGCUCUGUUUUAUUUCCCUCUUCCUGGGUCCAAAACAUGCAGCAGUAAGAAAUACUUGACCCUGGUUUCCCUGGCUGUCAUUGUUCGACCAACAGCUCUGAUUGUCUGGUUUCCUCUGCUGAUGUACCAUUUCUGUCAGGAUGAGAACAAACUGAAGCUCAUCACCCAUAACUACAUUCCUAUAGGAGCUGUGGCUGUCGGGAUUUCAACAGUAAUCGACUGCAUAUUCUAUGGAAAGCUGACUCUGGUGCAGUUCAACUUUCUGAAGUUUAAUAUCUUCCAUGGUGUGGCUGAUUUUUACGGCUCUCACCCCUGGCACUGGUACCUCACUCAGGGUUUCCCUGUUGUUAUCGGUCCUCAUCUUCCUCUGUUUCUACAUGGGUGCUCCCUUGCCUUCAAAAAAUACAAGAUCCUCCUGGCUGCAGUUGUCUGGACCAUCAUUGUUUACAGUUUUCUUCCUCACAAAGAGUUCAGAUUCAUCUAUCCAGUGCUGCCGUUCUGCAUGGUCUUCUGUGGGAUCUCUUUGGCUAGUCUCAAAGCGUGGAGAUGCGCUGCUGCAUUCCUCAUACUGGCGACUAACCUGGCGGCCUCUCUUUACACCGGCCUCGUUCAUCAGAGAGGAACUCUGGAUGUUAUGAGUCAUGUACAAACACUUUGUGACACCAGCAGCUCUUCCACCUCUCCAGACAUCCUCUUCCUCAUGCCCUGCCACUCAACACCUUUUUACAGCCAUGUCCACUGCCCAAUGAAGAUGAGGUUUCUUGAAUGUCCUCCAGAUCUGGGAGAGGGAAGUUAUGUCGAUGAAGCAGACAUUUUCUAUGAAGACCCGCUUCUCUGGCUCAGAACGUCAUUCCCAUACAAAUCUUCUCUGCCGACACACCUGGUUCUGUUUGAUGUUCUGGAGACGGAAAUUUCAGCAUUUUUAAGAGAGAACUACAUGAGGACAGCAGAGAUUUUUCACACUCAUUUCCCUGAGGGAAGAAUUGGAGGAAGCGUCUUUAUUUAUGAAAGGCACUGAAAACCACUGGAACAACUUUUCAGAAAAACAACAUAGAUCUGCUACUGAAAUAAAUAUUUUUCACACAAAUGUUAUUUUAGAGUAUCACUUCAAAUUAUGUUUUAGUUAACUUACCCAAUUUCAUACCUUUUUUCCAGUUAAUCAAACAGGUCCAGUUAAAAACCAACUCGAGGUGGAAUUUAAGAAAAUGAACUUUUAACUCUGAAAGCAC